AUGACGUCCACCUGCACCAACAACACGCGUGAAAGCAACAGCAGCCACACGUGCAUGCCCCUCUCCAAAAUGCCGAUCAGCCUGGCUCACGGCAUCAUACGCUCGAGCGUGCUGCUCGUCUUCCUCACGGUCUCUUUCUUCGGCAACAUCGUUCUGGCGCUAGUGUUGCAGCGCAAGCCGCAGCUGCUGCAGGUCACCAACCGCUUCAUCUUUAACCUCCUCAUCACUGACCUGCUGCAGGUUUCCCUCGUGGCCCCUUGGGUGGUGGCCACCUCCGUGCCUCUCUUCUGGCCCCUCAACAGCCACUUCUGCACCGCCCUGGUUAGCCUCACCCACCUGUUCGCCUUUGCCAGCGUCAACACCAUCAUCGUGGUGUCCGUUGAUCGCUACCUGUCCAUCAUCCACCCUCUCUCCUACCCCGCCAAGAUGACCCAUCGCCGAGGUUACAUGCUCCUCUAUGGCACCUGGAUCGUGGCCAUCCUGCAGAGCACACCCCCACUGUACGGCUGGGGCCAGGCUGCCUUUGACGAGCGCAACGCCCUCUGCUCCAUGAUCUGGGGGUCCAGCCCCAGCUACACCAUCCUCAGCGUGGUGUCCUUCAUCGUUGUUCCACUAGUGGUCAUGAUUGCCUGCUACUCCGUGGUGUUCGGGGCUGCCCGGCGCCAGCACGCGCUGCUGCACUUCAAGAGCCACAGCCUGGAGGUGCGAGCCAAGGACCGCGCGGAGAACGGGGAUGAAGGGAGACAGAAGGAUGAGUUCCACGGUGAGAGCGAGAUCCACGGCCAGGAUGGAGGUGAGGUCAAGACCACGGACGACGGCCUGAAGAGUGAGGAAGGGAGCAUCGAGGCCAAGGGCAGCGUGGAGGCCGGGGAAGGCAGCGUGGUGGCUAAUGAAGGCUGCACAGAGGGGAUGGAAAGUGGUGCUGGAAUGGAAAGCCACGUGAAGGCAGACAAGGGCCGAGACGUCAACCAGUGCAACAUUGACUUGGGCGAAGAUGACUUGGAGUUUGGUGAGGAUGAAGUCAAUUUCAGUGAGUGUGACAUCGAGGCAGUGAACAUCCCAGAGAGCCUCCCAGCCAGUCGUCGAAACAGCAACAGCGACCUUCCUCUGCCCAGGUGCUACCAGUGCAAGGCUGCUAAAGUGAUCUUCCUGAUCAUUUUCUCCUACGUGUUAUCCCUGGGGCCCUACUGCUUGCUAGCGGUCCUGGCCGUGUGGGUAGAUGUCCAAACCGAGGUACCCCAGUGGGUGAUCACGAUAAUCAUCUGGCUUUUCUUCCUGCAGUGCUGCAUCCACCCCUACAUCUAUGGCUACAUGCACAAGACCAUCAAGAAGGAAAUCCAGGAUAUGCUGAAGAAGUUCUUCUGCAAGAAAAAGCCCCCCAAAGAAGAUAGCCACCCUGACCUGCCUGGAACAGAGGCCGGCACCGAAGGUGGUACUGAAGGCAAGAUCGUCCCUUCUCAUGAUUCUGCCACUUUGCCUUGA